AUGAAGAAAGCAGACGAUAAGGCGCUCCGGGCAAAUAGAGAAAAACGGCAUCGUUUGGAAAUCAACAAAGUGGUUAUUUUGUUACGGGAUAACGGCGACAAGAGUUGGAAGAUGAGUUAUUUCCCAACGCUUUUCUUUCUUUCUUUCUUUCUUUCUUUUUUUUCUUUCUUUCUUUCUUUCUUUCUUUCUUUCUUUCUUUUAAAUAUCAAUAUUUUUCGCUUCUCUAUUUUUGAAUUUUUAUUUCGACUCUUUUUUCAUUACUUCUUUACUUCUUUCUUUCUUUUUACGCCACUUUUUCAUUACUUUUUCCUUCUUUCUUUCAUUCUCUUAUACGUCUCUUUUGUCAGUACUUCUUUCUUUCUUUUUACGCCUUUUUUUCAUUAUUUUUUUCCAUGUCUUUUUUUACGUCUCUUUUCUCAUUACUUCUUUCUUUCUUUCUUUUUGCGUCUCUUUUUUCAUUACUUCUUUCCUUCUUUCUUUCUUCCUUUCUUUUUACGUCUCUUUUUUAUUACUUCUUUUCUUCUUUCUUUCUUUCUUUUUACGUUUCUUUUCUCAUUACUUCUUCCUUUUUCUUUCUUUCAUUCUUUCUUCCUUACAGUUAUUCAUAACCUUUCUUUCAAGCUUUAUUUCAAUCGUUGA